AUGUGGCCACCCGCCAACACCGCUACCAUCGAUGGUGUUUUGGCCUACUUUGCGUUGCCGGCGUGGCUGUGGGAGGCCUUUUGCACGGCCAUGGGAGAUCCUGGUGCAGACCUGCGGCUCCUUGCAGCUAUGCCGGCAGAGAUGAUCAGCGAAGGGGUGGCCGCGGUGCGAGCAGAAGGGGGCCGGCGACUCACUCCGGUCGAAGCGAUUCAACUGGGACUGGUUUACCGAGCCGCCCACAGACUGGUCCAUUUGGGUACGGGGGGAAGCCUAAGCAAUUGGGUGGACCCGAACCCUUGGGAACCAACUACAUCACUGCAGACCUCUAUGGCAAGGAUGGGGACUACGUCAACGACACCUUCGAGUACCACCCAAGAAAGGAAAAUGAAAUUGAGCCAGGUUGCAGAUCAAGGAGACGACUCCGAGUUCCCAGUGCUGCCAGAGGCCAACAAAGCUUCUUUCUACGCGAAGUACGUGGAGAAGAUGGGGGGCCUACCUGCGGACUCGGAGGACCCGACGAUCGAGCAGCUGUCGGCGAUCCUGAGGAAGGUCAAAGUGCUGCACCAGCCACCUUACUGCGACUUUGCAGUUUGGGUCCCUUUCGCAAAAAGACACCUGAAGGCCCAGAAGUACCAGUCCUUUGUACUACAAGAAGACGGGACCUUCGAAUCAAAGAUGGUGCCGGGACCCUCGUGCUUCAGCCACUGGCAGGCAUCCUUCAGAGUGUUGAGAACGGCCCUGGUGAUGACGAACAUCAUAAGCCUCUCGAACCUGAUGGAGUGGGAAGCGCUGGUGGAGAGGCUUCAUCGACAGUAUCCUGGGUGCUGGGGCCUGGUGGCAGCUGCAGAAGAUCGAGGGCGAGGGGAGUUUAUGGGGAAAACCCUGGCCAAGUUGCGGCUGGAGAUGGAUCAAGGGGCCCCAGCACCCUUGGGAUGGCGCCCAGAGGAACCGUGGAACAUUGUGUGGGGCAAGGUCCUACGAGACAAAGACUAUUGGGCAGAGCAGGUGCACAUACCAGCAAUCUCGUGGACGGCAAAGGGAUCAAAGGGAAAGCCACUGACGCCUAUGGAGGAGAUGGCGGAAGCGUCGAUGCGUGGAGGCCGACAAGCCCUACUACAAGACCCCGGCGAGACGGACAUCGAGGGUGGCAAGAGGAAGAAUCGAACAAGGAGAGAGGCUCGCAAGAAAAGACUGCGGGCAGAAAGGGAAGAGUUGCAGGGCUACCGGAAAGGUGGCAAAGGUGAAGGGGCAAAAGAACCGAAAGAAGAACCAGAAAGGGUGGCUGUCCCUGGGACCUCCGUCAACAAAGAUGUGAGGAAGUAUACCAGGCGCCGAGAACUCACUGGGGAGGACCCGGAAGGUGAGGACGAGCCGCCCAAAGACAAGAUCCAUGUGAAGGGAGACUACCUGACGUACGAGGAGUUCCUGAAAGGGGCCACAGCCGACACGGUGCAGGAGGCAGAGGACAUUGACGAGAGCUCCAACCAGAUCAUGGAGAGUGACGACUUCCAGCGGGGCUUAACCAUAAAGAGGCUCUUCGUGGAGGUCCAAGAUAAAGAAAGGAAAAAGAGAAGGAGGGUGCAGAAACCUGAAGGAGAACAGCAACAAGAGGAAGCCCGGGAGGAGGGAGAACCUGGAGGAGAGAAAAACUCUCCCCCAGCCGCCGACGUUGCUGACCUAUCCAAAGGAUCUUCAGCUUCUAGCUCGGGCCAAGUCACCUGGAGCGGGGGACAUGGGAAGCACGGCAUGCUGAAGGAACCGAAGGGCAAGAACGAAGUGCCCCGUGCGUUGGUUUACAUAGGGGGCAUGAGAGAUCCCCACAGAUCAGUGCUGAAACUCCCGACAGUGCAAUCUUUGGGUGCCAAGAUGUGGGAGAGAUGGGAGUCCUUCAUCAAAGAGUACCCGAAGGCAUUGGACGUGGCAGAGACCUACGGCACGGAGGACUGCCACUACGAACAGGAGAUCGUCGAGAGGUGGAGAAGUGAGCUCUGCGAGAUGUGGGGCACUCCAGUCCCGGGCGUGGUGCUGACCGAGAGGGGCGAGUACAAGUCGCCGGUGUACCACGAGAUGGUGAGGGCCCCCUCCUUGUGGGGAACGAAGGGUGAGGCGGCCGGAGGAGUUGGAAUGUGGGAGGCCGUCAUCUGA